GUGGACAAAAGUGACUGGAUUUAUAACCUUCAGAUGACACAAAGCUGAUAUCUACGUCUCUACGGCGCUGAAUGUGAAUGUAUUGAGAAAUACAUCCAGUCCAGUAGGUGUCCCUGCAGUUCAUGUUCUGGGAGGUGAUCAGUGAUGAACAUGGUAUUAACAGAGCAGGAGCGUAUGAGGGCGACAUGGACCUUCAGCUGGAGAGGGUCAAUGUUUACUUCAAUGAAGCACAUGGUGGCAAGUAUGUUCCAAGAGCAUUGUUAGUGGACCUGGAGCCGGGCACUAUGGACAGUGUGAGGGGCAGUCACAUAGGACAGCUCUUCAGACCGGAUAACUUUAUACACGGCAAUUCUGGAGCUGGCAAUAACUGGGCCAAAGGUCACUAUACUGAGGGCGCAGAACUUGUGGAGCAGGUUGUGGAUCGCGUUCGCAACGAAGCCGAGAGCUGCGACUGCAUGCAGGGCUUCCAGUUCGUCCACUCUCUGGGCGGUGGCACUGGUUCGGGAAUGGGCACCCUGAUUAUCAAUAAGAUCCGAGAAGAUUAUCCUGACCGCAUCAUGAAUAGUUUCAGCAUAAUGCCCUCCCCAAAGGUCUCUGAUACAGUAGUCGAGCCGUAUAACGCCACUCUAUCAAUCCACCAACUGAUUGAGAAUACAGACGAGACGUUUUGUAUUGAUAAUGAAGCACUGUAUGAUAUCUGCUUCCGCACUCUAAAGCUCACAACGCCAACUUAUGGAGAUCUCAACCACUUGGUAUCCCUCACCAUGAGCGGGGUCACGACCUCCCUUCGCUUCCCAGGUCAACUGAACGCUGACCUUCGGAAGCUGGCGGUCAAUAUGGUGCCCUUCCCACGUCUCCAUUUCUUCAUGCCAGGUUUCGCGCCUCUCACCGCACGUGGUAGCCAACAAUACCGUGCCCUAACGGUGCCAGAGCUCACCCAGCAGAUGUUCGACCCCCGAAAUAUGAUGACCGCGUGCGACCCACGUCGAGGACGCUAUCUGACAGUGGCGGGCAUUUUCCGCGGUCGCAUGUCCACUAAAGAGGUCGACGAGCAAAUGCUAGCCAUUCAGCAGAAGAACAGCAAUUACUUCGUAGACUGGAUCCCUCACAACGUCAAAGUGGCCGUUUGCGACAUCCCGCCACGAGGCCUCAAAAUGGCCUCCACCUUCAUCGGAAACAACACCGCCAUCCAGGAGAUAUUCAAGCGCAUUGGAGAGCAGUUCGCGCUCAUGUUUCGACGCAAGGCCUUCCUGCACUGGUACACGGGGGAGGGCAUGGAUGAGCUGGAGUUCACUGAGGCCGAGAGCAACAUGAAUGAUUUGGUUUCAGAGUACCAGCAAUAUCAGGAUGCCACGGCCGAUAUGGAUUACGAUGCAGAAGAUGAAGAGGCAGAAGAGGAGGGUCUGUCAUCAACAGCACGCAGCACUCAAGAGGAGAUUAAGACUGAGGUGGUCACUGAAACUUCUGUGAGCGAAUGAUGCGUGGGCUUUAGUGAAUAUGGCAAGAGUGGAUCUGAUUGUGUGAAGAGGGAGAACAUUCAGUGGCCCCAAAAAGUAUUUAGACACUUAAAAUACAGUUCGAACUGAUAUAUGAAUUACACUGCAUUAGAAAAAAAGUUUGGCUUGAAAGGUAUAUAUUUUAUGUAAUUUAAUGACAAUGUGCCUUAAGUGUUCAGAUACUAUUUGGAGCCACUGUUCAUAGCAAACUGUGAAAUAUUUCUGACCUCCAGGAGAAAAUGAUGAAUUACAUAAAAAUAUGAUAUAUUCAAAAUUCGAAUAUAAUUUUCUAAUCUUUCCUAUAUAUUUUCAAAAGUUUGGGGUCAAUAUGUUUUUGAAAGUCACACCAAGGCUGCAUUUAUUUAAUUAAAAUACAGUAAAACAAUAAUAUUGUGAAUAUUAUUUAUUAUAUAUAUUAUGAAAUGAAAGGUAACACUUUACAAUAAGGUUCAUUAGUUAACUACAUUAGUUAACAUGAACUAAUAAUAAACUGCACUUAUACAGCGUUUAUUAAUCUUUGUUAAUGUUAAUUUCAACAUUUACUAAUACAUUAUUAAAAUCUUGUUAACAUUAGUUAAUGCACUGUGAGCUAACAUGAACUAACAAUGAACAUCUGUAUUUUUAUUAACUAACGUUAGCGAAGAUUAGUAAAUACAGUAACAAAUGUAUUGCUCAUGGUUAGUUCAUGUUAGUUAAUACAUUAACUAAUGUUUAACUAAUGAACCUUAUUGUAAAGUGUUACCAUGAAAGGUAAGUUAUUUCUGUGAUGGAAAGCUGAACUUUCAGAAAAAGAAAAAAAAAAACAUUUCUUAUUAUUAUCAAUGUUGAAAUCAGUUUUCAGGAUUUUAUGAAUAGAAAGUUCAAAAGAACAGCAUUUAUUUGAAUGUAUAAAUGUUUUAUCAAUUUAAUGUAUCCUUAUCAAGUAAAAGUAUUCAUCUGUCUGACCCCAGACUUUUGAACGGUAGUGUAUAGUUUAUUGUAAAGCAUAAUUUAUAUAAAGAUAUCAAAACAUUAAUCAAUAUUGACGUGUAACAUCACUGGAGAACACAAAACUUUGUUUUCUGGAAAAAAAAUUCUGUAUGUUCUGUAAUAAUGAAUAUCUAUAGAUAUCUUGAGAAAAAAUAGAUAUAGUCAAAACCUUUUUCUUUUGUGUGGUGUAAUAGUGCUAUAUAGAGGCUUAAAUUCUUCUGUCAUUAUUUGUUGUCAAUAUUCAAAAAAAGCUAAAUUUCUUUUUUUAAUUUUGCUUAUCCUUUAAAAGCAUGAGACAAAAUUAUUUUACCAAUAUAAACUGCAACUGUUUCAGAAUAAAUUUGAUGUAUCUGCGUUGUACUUGAGUAUUUAUAAUGCUAAAAACUUUCAUAUGUUUACCAUUUCAUUGUCACUUGUCAUGCACCCAUCAGUUUUCUUGCUAAAUGUAUUACAAUAAAAAUGUUUAAAUAUCA